AUGCGAGGACUGUACCAACACCUCAAGAGAUCAGUGGGCCUCAGCGGGAGACAAGCGCGGGGACAGCAGUUCGUCGCGGAUGAGGACGGCGUGUUGCUCCGGAACAGGGACGACAUCCUCCAGCGGUGGGCGAGAUUCUUCAGCACCCUACUCAACACGAAAUCCCCCACCCUGAACCCAGACAUCAUCGAACGAGUGACGCAGCGGCCAGCGACACGUGACACUCAACGGUUGGGAGAUGUGCCAGAACUCGAGGAGGUGGCACGGGCAACGAAAGGCCUCAAGAACUGGAAGGCACCCGGCCAUGACUCCCUCCCUGCCGAGUUGCUCAAGAUCGAUGACGACGAACCCUUCGUCCUGGGACACCUCCAUACCAUCCUCGUCAAGGUGUGGAACGGAGGAGAUAUUCCGCGAGAGUGGAAGGAUGCAACCAUUAAGGUGCUGUACAAGAAGGGUGACCGGUCCAACUGUAACAACUACAGGGGGAUUUCGCUACUAUCUCACAUAGGCAAGGUCCCCAUCAAGAUCAUCACCAACCGUCUAAGCGCCUUCUGCGAAGCCAACAAUAUCCUCCCGGAGGAACAGUGCGGGUUUCGACCCGGGCGNUGCUGUAUGCCGAUGAUGCCGGCGUCGUAUCGAGGUCUGCAGAAGGACUGGCGAGAAUGAUGACCAUCAUCGUUGAGGUGUUCGGGGAGUUCGGACUAACGGUGUCGGAGAAGAAGACGGAGACGCUCCUGAUGCGCGCAAAGGACAAGCCGACUACAGUAUCACAGCCCGCCCCCCCUCCACCACUGACCAUCGAAGCCGCGGGACAGAACUACACCCAGACGACCGAGUUCCGGUACCUCGGUGGCCUCGUCAACGAACAUGGCGACCUCACCCGGGAGAUCAACUACAGGAGCAGAGGAGCGUGGGCGUGCCUCAGGCGAUAUGGUCGGGAGCUCUUCGACAGACCGCAAGCGCCAUUCCGACUCAAGAUCCGCCCGCUCCAGGCGGAGGCAAUGGAGGCACUGCUGUACGGUUUCAUGACAUGGUCACCACUC